AUGACUUUUGAAAGAAACUCUCCGGCAAGAUGCUACAUGACACCAUCGCCGUCUUCAUGGAAUUCAAGGCCUUUGCGUUCUCCCACUGUGCCUUUUUCAGAGAGAAAGAAAUCACCUGCUUCUGUUCAUAAAGAUGAUCUUUUUCAUGUCAUUCAUAAGGUUCCUUCUGGGGAUUCUCCUUAUGUUAAGGCCAAACAGGUUCAGUUAGUGGAAAAAGAUCCAGGUAGAGCUAUUUCCCUUUUCUGGGCUGCCAUUAAUGCGGGUGAUCGCGUCGAGAGUGCUUUGAAGGACAUGGCUUUAGUUAUGAAGCAAUUGAACCGGUCCGACGAGGCAAUUGAAGCAAUCAAGUCUUUCCGCCAUCUCUGCCCUUCUGAUUCUCAGGAAUCUCUUGACAACAUCUUGGUUGAAUUGUAUAAGAGGUCAGGAAGAGUUGAUGAAGAGAUUGACAUGCUUCAUCACAAAUUGAAGCAAAUUGAAGACGGUAUGACAUUUGUCGGAAGGUCGACAAAACAAGCGAGAUCUCAAGGGAAGAAAAUUCAAAUAACCGCUGAGCAAGAGAUAUCGAGGAUACUUGGCAACUUGGCUUGGGCUUAUUUGCAAAAAGGCGACUAUAAAACCGCUGAAGAACAUUAUAGAAAAGCACUUUCCUUUGAGGUUGAUAGGAACAAACAGUGCAAUUUGGCAAUAUGUUUAAUGAAAAUGAACAAAAUUACAGAAGCAAGGUUUCUACUUCAGGCAGUAACUACAGCAACGAAAAACAGAAAAAUGGACGAUUCUUUCGUCAAGUCUUUUGAACGCGCUACACAAAUGCUGCAGGAAAUCGAAUCAACACAGUUGGUAGAUUCAGUCAAAGAUAAAGGUGAUAAAAUUAUAGAAACUCAGAGAUUUUCAGGGAAGACUAUGUCAUCACAAUACUCCACACCGAACUCGGAGAACUCUACCGGAAAGAACUCAGAUAAUAUGGCUAAAAGUAGGACAGAAAACAAUUGGUCUACCGGAAAGAACUCGGAUAAUAUGGUUAAAAGUAGGACAGAAAAUAAUUGGUCUUUGACUUCUGAUUGCGAAGAAUCUCGUCAUUCUCACGCAAGGAGAAGAUUAUACGAGUCUCCUGAUCCGAAGGUUCCUUACGCAAAACCAAAACGAUCAUCUUGGGGUUUCAAUAAUCAUUCAGAUUCUAAACCUUCACCUCUGACUUAUCCUAAUGAGAAGGUUGUUCCAUACAUAAUUAAGCCAAACUCGACACAGAACGAGUUUUUUCCGAAUACCAAUGCAAGUUGGAGAACAAGGACAUUUGAAGAUGAUACUGCAGUAGUAAAAUGUGGACCUACAACAACAGUAAAGCAAGGAAACACAAUCACCAUAUACGGUUCUGGUACGAUACAUCCUAAGAACUCAGAGACGGCUAUGAAACUCACAAAGAAUGACGACGACAACAACAAAUCUGAUACAAAUUUGCACGGCAUAGUUGUGAAUGGAGCCAAUGAACUUGCAGCUUCUGUUGAUAGAACAGACCAACAAAAUCAAGACAAAAAACCAGUUGAGAAGAAGAGUUGGGCAGAUAUGGUAGAAGAAGAGCAACAAACUGAAGAAUAUGAGUUCUUCAAUAACGGAUAUACAAACUUUGGUGCUGAAAUGUUUAGUAACGAAAACGAAGACUCAAACAUAGUGUAUCAACAUGAAAGCUUAAACGAAAAGCUUGAAUUAUUGAACUUGAAGAAUGGAUAUAAUGCUGCACCUGGGAUAGAUCCUUUAUCGAGGAAUCCGACAGUAAGGCGUUCGCUGUUUACGAAUCCGGGUGAAAGGGAUUUAUUUUCUGGAGAAGAUAAGCUAACAAGAAGAGUCAGGUUGCAGGUUUUUCAGGAUAUUACUUCCUCAUCCUGA